GGCGCCUUCCUUUCACUUUCUCAGGCCGCAAACCUGACACCUGGGGCCAGAACUACACUUCCCACCACGCAGCGAGGCAGGAGGAAGAAGGGGCUCUGAGGGCUGAAAAGGAAAGCCAGGAGACAUAGAAAGCAUUACCGGCUUGCUGGCAGAGGUCUUUUCUAGGAGGGAAGAGCCAUGCAGUUCUCCAGCUCAGCCAGGGCAGCUGAUGAGAACUUCGACUAUUUGUUCAAGAUUAUCCUCAUUGGGGAUUCCAACGUGGGGAAGACGUGUGUGGUACAGCAUUUCAAGUCUGGGGUCUACACCGAGACACAGCAGAAUACAAUUGGGGUGGACUUCACUGUGCGCUCCCUUGAGAUUGACGGCAAGAAAGUGAAGAUGCAGGUGUGGGACACAGCUGGCCAGGAGCGCUUCCGCACCAUCACCCAAAGCUACUACCGCAGUGCACAUGCGGCCAUCAUCGCCUACGACCUCACCCGGCUGUCCACGUUUGAGUCUGUCCCUCAUUGGAUUCACGAGAUAGAAAAAUAUGGAGCAGCUAACUUGGUCAUUAUGCUGAUUGGGAACAAAUCUGAUCUCUGGGAAAAGCGGCAUGUCCUGUUUGAGGAUGCCUGCACACUGGCUGAGAAAUAUGGCCUCCUAGCUGUUUUGGAGACAUCUGCCAAGGAGUCCAGGAACAUAGAUGAAGUCUUCGUGCUCAUGGCCAGGGAGCUGAUCGCCCGCAACAGCCUGCACCUGUUGGGCGAGGGCGCCCUGGGCAGCCUCCCCCUGGACUCCAGCCCAGUUCUGAUGGCCCAGGGUCCAAGUGAGAAGACCCACUGCUCCUGCUGAACAUGCUGGCCCGGCCAGCUGGCUCACCACGGAGGUCAAAGGGCCUCCUGUCUCUAGGGUUGUGCUUCAGACCCAAGUGUGGUCUCACUUCCGUGUCCCAAAUCCUUCCAGCCUGGAUAUGCAGCACCUUCACCUUGGUUCAUACCACAAAUCAUAGUCACUGACUCUGAGGGAAGGGGAUGCCAUCAUUUUCCUUGAUUCUAGAUGAAACCAAGACUGCAGACGUGGCGUGGGAGGACCACACGUGCUCUUCUCCCCUUGCUCCUCUGUCUCCCCAACACUUUCACUGCUUUCUACUGAAUUUUGCUUCCUGUUCGAUGGGGGUAGUGAUGGAAAGAAGGGAGGAGGAAUAUCGAGAGCUGGGGAGAAUGUUUGGAACAUUCUGGAGCAGUUUGAAAAAAGCACAGGUAGGAGGAUGAGACAAAAGCCUGCAAUGAUAAGUCAGCACGUUUUCACUUUGUUCCCAACCUUCACGCCUGAA